UGUUGAAUUCGUUACAUCUGCUACGAAGUGAGUUAAAUUAACGAAUGAAAUUUGAAUCCGGAAAAGGGUCUGUUGUUAAAUAAAGUGGAAAUUAUAAUUGGUUGAGCACUGAAGGAUUUAUUAAUUAAUUCCGUUAAAAUUUAUUGGAAUUUAUGUAACCAAAUUAAUAACAAAAAUAGAAAAACUGGAAAUAUGAUUUGAAAAGUAAAUUUAAAUUUGAUGUGGAAGUGGAAACGAUUGUAUAAAGUUGACAAUUGAACGUUUUUUUUUAAUUCAAAUUUUCAUAGUGUUGUGUGCUUUUCGGAACUGAAGGAAAUACCAUCACCUAAUACAGACGAAAACAAAAUGAAAUAAAUCGGAGCACAGACAUGAUUCACCCAGCAAACUAUUUCGAUUUCAAUCCCAACACCACCUGUCCAAUAUCAUCAUCAAUUGAAAGAUAAAAACUAAACAAAAAGCCGAACGAAAAGUUAUCUGAGCAGAAACAGUUAUCUUCAUGCAAUAAAAAUGCCAACAAACUACACCUAUGUAGGUGUCAACAAUACCAUCCAACGACUGGUUGUGGUUAGUCCAUCCUGGUUAUCGACAGGCCGGAUACAGAUUCCGUUAUACACAACCAUAUUAUUGCUGGCUGUGACUGGAAAUGCAUUGGUUAUAUUGACCCUUGUCCAGAACAGACGAAUGCGAACGAUUACCAAUGUUUUCUUGUUAAAUUUGGCUGUAUCGGAUAUAUUACUGGGUGUUUUGUGUAUGCCGUUCACACUGAUCGGAACAUUGCUGAGGGAUUUUGUUUUCGGUGAAAUUAUGUGCAAAUUUUUGCCGUAUCUACAAGCGUCAUCGGUUGCCGUAUCCGCAUGGACACUAGUGGCCAUAUCAUGUGAACGAUAUUAUGCAAUUUGUCAUCCAUUGUCAUCAAGACGCUGGCAAACAUUGAAGCAUGCCUAUAAAUUGAUUGGAUUGAUUUGGUUCGGCAGCUUUUUGUUCAUGUCGCCGAUCGCUGCAUUGAGUCGACUAAUACCAACAAGUCAAGGUCACCAUAAAUGCCGUGAAUACUGGCCAGAAGGUUCGGAAGAAUACGAAAAAACAUUCAAUUUGUAUUUAGAUGUGAUACUAUUGGUUAUACCUUUAAUCAUGUUGGGCGCAACAUAUUCCCUUAUAACGAAAACAUUAUGGCAAGGCAUGCGAGAUGAGAAUUCGUCCAAGCAUGACACCACUUACGACACAACGCAAUCUUCUAACAAUCUUGUCGAAGUGUAUCUGAACGCUCACGGUACAGCUAGCACCCGAUGUCCAUCGUCGUCAUGCCACCAUCAGACCCGUGACAAUGUUUUGGUUUGGCAUCAACUGAAAAGUAAUUACUCGCAAGACUCACAGACGACGACAAUUGGUUCAGCAAAGAAAUACAGCCCCGGCUUAAGACGAACGAAUGCUGAAAAGAGUCUGCAGAACAAGAAGCGUGUGAUUCAAAUGCUAUUCGUUGUGGUGCUGGAAUUUUUCAUUUGUUGGACACCCUUGUACGUGAUAAACACAAUUGCGUUAUUCAAUCCUCACUUAGUAUACAAUAGGCUGGGAUACACAUCGAUUAGCAUCUGCCAAUUAUUGGCAUAUUCAUCAAGUUGCUGCAAUCCAAUUACGUAUUGCUUCAUGAAUCGUGGCUUCCGCAAGGCAUUUUUAAAUUUAUUCCGCUGUUUUAAAAAAUACAACGAACCGCGACGCAUGAGUAUUGGCUAUGGUGGCACACAAAUUAGCGAAGCCGAUGUGAAUCGAUUACAACAGCCGCAUAAUAGACAUUUUAACCAACCAUCUGAAUCGGUGAAUCCGGCCAAUAACGAACUGCAGCUGUACAACAUAAUGAACAAUUUAAAUAAUCCAACAAAUGUUACCCAAUUCACACAGCAAACCUUUACCGAUAACAACAAUAAAUAGAGGGAUGAAAGUUUAAUUCUUAAAAUUAAAAGCGAACCGUCCAUAAAAGACGUCCACACGAGAGGCGAAAAUAUGGGUUGAAAAUUCACAAACUCUGUGCUGACGUCCUUUAUGGAUAUGGCCCAAAGACGUAUGACUUCGUGUGUAAAAAUAAAAAGUUUGAUAGAAAA